GCGCCGUUCUCUCGGCCGUGUGGUCGCGGCUCCGGCACGUUCCGCGUGAUUUUGCUAGGUGAUUUGCAACGGCAUGGUGUAGGUGCGUGCCAAAGUGCAAGAAGUUGUCCUUGGAAGCAGACAGACCCAGGCAGACCGAGGGCCACCGCCGAGUUUCUUUUUCAGAUUUAUUUUUAAUAUCAAAUUAUUGACUCUUGGGCGACAGUGCAACUAUAUGAAAUCAUGGCUGGCUAUAAGCCUGCAGCUAUUCAGAUAUACCCUGUACUUGGUGAAAAAAUCACCCAAGAUACUCUGUACUGGAACAACUAUAAGACCCCUGUUCAGAUUAAAGAAUUUGGUGCAGUGUCAAAAGUAGACUUUUCCCCUCAGCCUCCGUAUAACUAUGCAGUCACAGCUUCUUCAAGAAUUCACAUUUACGGCAGAUACUCCCAAGAACCUAUCAAAACCUUUUCCCGGUUUAAGGACACAGCAUACUGCGCUACUUUCCGACAGGAUGGUAGAUUGCUUGUGGCCGGUAGUGAAGAUGGUGUAGUUCAGCUCUUUGACAUAAGUGGAAGGGCUCCUCUCAGGCAGUUUGAAGGUCACACAAAAGCAGUUCAUACAGUAGAUUUUACAGCUGAUAAAUACCAUGUGAUUUCUGGGGCUGAUGACUAUACCAUUAAAUUAUGGGAUAUACCAAACUCCAAAGAAAUUCUGACAUUCAAAGAACAUUCUGAUUAUGUGAGGUGUGGAUGUGCCAGCAAACUGAACCCAGAUCUCUUUGUAACAGGGUCAUAUGAUCACACUGUGAAGAUGUUUGAUGCACGGACAAGUAAGAGUGUUCUCUCUGUUGAGCAUGGCCAGCCAGUGGAGAGUGUCCUGCUUUUCCCCUCUGGAGGUCUUCUGGUGUCUUCAGGAGGUCGUUAUGUUAAAGUAUGGGACAUGUUGAAAGGAGGACAGUUGCUAGUGUCUUUGAAAAAUCAUCACAAAACUGUGACAUGUUUAUGUCUGAGCAGCUCUGGACAGAGGCUACUUUCUGGCUCGCUGGAUAGGAAGGUGAAAGUGUAUAGCACGACUUCCUACAAAGUAGUCCACAGUUUUGAUUACACAGCUUCAAUUUUGAGUCUUGCACUUGCGCAUGAAGACGAGACAAUAGUGGUUGGAAUGACCAAUGGAAUUCUGAGUGUCAAACAUCGGAAAUCUGAAGCAAAGAAGGAUUCUCUUCCGAGGAGAAGGAGGCCUGCUUACCGAACCUUUAUUAAAGGAAAAAAUUACUUGAAGCAACGGGAUGACAUUUUGAUCAACAAGCCAACAAAGAAACACCUAGAAUUGUAUGACAGGGAUCUGAAAAAUUUUAGGGUCUCUAAGGCCCUCGAUAGAGUCCUCGAGCCUAGUUGUAUAAUAAAGACACCGGAAGUUACAGUUUCCAUCAUAAAGGAGCUGAAUCGAAGAGGCGUCCUUGCUAAUGCCCUUGCAGGCCGGGAUGAGAAGGAAAUUAGCCGUGUUCUUAAUUUUUUGAUAAGGAAUCUGUCUCAGCCAAGAUUUGCACCUGUUUUGAUUAAUGCUGCUGAAAUAAUUAUUGAUAUUUAUCUCCCUGUGAUUGGUCAGUCACCUGUAGUGGAUAAAAAGUUUUUAGUCCUUCAGGGACUUGUAGAAAAAGAGAUUGAUUAUCAGAGAGAACUCCUGGAAACCUUGGGGAUGAUGGACAUGCUUUUUGCUACCAUGACACGGAAAGAAAGCACUUCUGUUGUGGAACAGAGACCUGCUGAAUUUCUAGAGAAGAAGAUAGAAUCAUCAUAGUACCUGCUCAAUAAGACAAAACUUUCUAGUUUAGAAUAGACUUGACAAUUAAUUAUUGGAAAGAAACUCUCUUGGAUACAUUUUAAAUGCUGUCACAGAAGC